ACGGACGAGCACGCGAGCGAGCGAGAGCGCGCAGCAAUGGAGCUCAUCGCGAGGAGAAAGAGUUUAACAACAAAACCCGGAUCGACUUGGAUAUUCUGAAUAAGCGCGUUACACAUAUUUGCGCUAUGGACAGCUGAAUGUGACUGCUGCGUUAGGAAGGCCAGGAUUUGGAAACUUUACGCUUAUUGUAACGUCGUUUGACACCGUGGAUGCUGUUGUUGUGACACCUCCAGACGUCAUCUAGAGCCGUGGAUUUGUUGUUGGUGGUGUGGUGGUUUAUUUAACCCACACUACCCCUGCUGCAGGGUCCAGGGGUGAUGUUGUCCGUUCUCUCGUACGGUCGACUGGUGGCCCGGGCGGUCAUCGGCGGACUCUCGCAAACCGACAGCCGCGAUUACAGCCUGGUGUCGGCCAGCUUCGGUUUCGGGAAGGAUUUUCGCAAAGGGAUCUUGAAGAAAGGGAUGUGCUACGGAGACGACGCAUGCUUUAUAGCCCGGCACCGGUCUGCUGAUGUGUUGGGUGUGGCUGAUGGAGUAGGUGGCUGGCGGGACUAUGGGGUUGACCCAUCUCAGUUCUCUGGGACACUUAUGAGGACGUGCGAGCGAUUGGUUAAAGAGGGGAGAUUUGUGCCAAGCAACCCAGUGGGAAUCCUCACAACCAGCUACUAUGAGCUACUGCAGAACAAAGUACCACUAUUAGGAAGCAGUACAGCAUGUAUCGUGGUACUAGACAGACAGAGUCACCGGCUCCACACAGCCAACCUGGGAGACUCAGGAUUUCUGGUGGUUCGAGGCGGAGAGGUGGUGCACAGAUCUGAUGAACAGCAGCAUUACUUCAACACGCCUUUCCAGCUGUCCAUCGCUCCUCCUGAAGCAGAGGGCUCUGUGCUCAGUGACAGCCCUGACGCUGCAGAUAGCUCAUCCUUCGAUGUGCAGUUGGGUGACAUUAUCCUCACAGCUACAGAUGGUCUCUUUGACAACAUGCCAGACUACAUGAUUUUACAAGAACUCAAAAAGCUUAAGAACACCAACUAUGAAAGCAUCCAGCAAACAGCCAAGAGUAUUGCUGAACAGGCCCAUGUUCUAGCAUACGACCCCAAUUACAUGUCUCCUUUUGCACAGUUUGCCUGCGAUAAUGGCUUGAAUGUCAGAGGAGGAAAGCCAGAUGACAUCACCGUUCUGCUGUCAAUCGUAGCGGAGUACACAGACUGACGCCUGCGAGGGCUGCAAAAAGCCUCUCUUGUUGUCUUCCUCUCAGUCACAGGACUGGCGGCUGUUUCCUGCUGGCAGGAUCGAGGGUUGUUUGAGUUUGGCUUUUCUGGCAGGGACUCGGAGCCCACAUCUGUUUCCUUGGGUUCCUCAGCCUUACUAGACCGUACUUUCACACGAUGUCGACGUCUGCAACUAAAAGACCACCUUCAAUGCGGACUGAGUUGUGCUUGACAAGGGCUUCAACGGGUGUCCAACACUUCUCCAGUACGUCUGUAAGAAUGUUCCUGUUGUUCCGUGAUGAAUUGAUGGUGUCGAAAGAAGCCAAAAA